AUGAGCUGGUCUUCAUUGAUCGGUUGGGUAGUAGUACCACAGAUUGGUGGCAUUUUGGGCGGUCUUGCAACUGUCACGCAAAUAAAAACGUGGUAUGAGAAAUUGUUGAAACCGUCGUGGCGACCGCCAAAUGCAGUUUUUGGACCGGCAUGGACGAUUUUGUAUCUUUUUAUGGGCAUUGCUUCGUAUUUAGUCGCACGCGACGGCCAAGGAUCAGUAAGAACACUGGCGUUAACAUUCUAUUUCAUUCAAUUAAUAUUGAAUUGGUCGUGGACACCGGUGUUUUUCGUUUUUCAUCAAUUGGGAGCCGCCAUAGUCAUCAUUCUCGUACUAUUCAUUAAUAUUUUCAUUUGCGUUCUACAAUUUUGGCAUAUUAAUUCCUAUGCGGGAAUGCUGAUGGUUCCUUAUCUCAUCUGGGUUGGAUAUGCAUCGGCAUUGACCAUUGCCAUAUGGCAAUUGAACUCACCCUAUGCUCAGCCACCACCGCGACGUCCUCGACCAACCGGUGAUCCAUAUCAGCAAUAG